AUGUAUCGCCGUCCGCCGGCAACUUUGCCAGCUGCGGUCUGGCCAAAUAAUCCAAGGCACGAUGCUUAUCGACUUCGUUUCGAACUGGAACAACAUUUCAACGCCAAGAUCUACACCUCCGGUUCGGCAGUCAAGGGCCGAGUCACUAUCAAUGCCGUUCACGACGUCCCUUUCGACUUUUUCGAGAUAAGUCUGGUUGGGGUCAGCACCACUCAGAACUUCUUACAACAUGAGUCGGGAAUCAUUGCACUUCCUUUCAUGAAGCUUCUCAUGCCAAUCCAACAGAACAAUCUGCCCGCAAACAAGGUAUUCGCUGCCGGUCAAGAAUAUUCAUUCCCUUUCCAUUUUGUCGUGCCCUUUCAUCUCGCCAUCGGAGCAUGCAGGCACAAAUGCGCCUCGCCUGCCGUCAAGGAACAACACCUGCGACCGCCUCCAACGAUGGGAUUCUGGGAAGGCGAUGAUCAGUCUCCGCAAAUGACACAGAUCAAGUAUGCGAUAACUGUGCUUGCUACUAGGACUUUUCCGGUCGAAUUUCUUCCGGCUAGGGUGAUCGCAGAGUCUCGUAUGAUCAGGGUCUUGCCUGCGUUUCCAGAAGAUGCGCCACUGGAUAUUACUUCUCUUGAUGACCGCUAUGUGCUCUCUAGAAGUAAAACAAUACGAAAGAAUUUUGUUGCCAGCAAGCUGGGAAGACUCACGGUCACUGCUGCUCAACCCCAAGCUAUCAUGCUGUCCGCUGACGGGCACGCAGCUUCUGGGACCUCAUGUCGCCUUUCGCUCACUUUUGACUCGGCUUGCCUCGAUGCUCCGUUGCCAAAGAUCAAUUCAGUGACUGGCAAGCUUACCUCGCACACGUAUUUUGACAUAUCUUUCAUGAGCCAUCUCCCGAACCUUGGUGGCCGAAGAACCUUCGAACAUGUGGCACCACCAUAUGAGUACACCACGUCCAGACGGCUCUUUAGCCUUCCCAUUGGCGAUUUAUCCUGGCGAGAGGAGACUGCUGAUUCAUUAUGGGAAGAGUUCAUGUUUCCGCCUGAUCAGGACCCAUUGGAGCAUAUACGAGAAGCAGACCAGCCAAAUAGAACUGACUCUCCCGGGAGACGCGUCAGUGCUGUUACUUGUCCGGAUAUGUCGUCCGCCGCUGCUGGUGCUAAACGCUGCACGUCCGAAUUGAAUAUUCAGUUUACCGUUCCCAGCGGCAACAAGAAGGUAUACCUGCCUACCUUUCACUCUUGCCGGAUUUCUCGCACCUACACAUUAGACCUUUGCCUCUCUGUCGGGCAGAGCCUUUCCACGCUGUCCCUUGUCGUGCCGAUACAAAUCGGAGUUGAACCACGUCAUCAGACACAGCAAGAGUUGCAAACGCUGCUGGAUUUCGCUUCUGUGCGAGGACAGGACCAGGGACGACGAAACACUUAUGCAGGACUACCUGGUUUUAUGCUGGAGUCCAGCGAUAAUGAGCCGCCAGGAUAUUUUUAG